AUGCAUUGGAAGGAGAACUGGAACGGCAAGCAGAACGUCAUCGUAGUCGGUGGCGGACAUGCCGGCGCGCUCGUCGCGCGGAACCUCUCAGGCACGCUCGACCCGCGGAAGUAUAAUCUGAUCCUCGUCAACGAACGGCCAUUCGCCGUGCACCUCCUCGCCGGCGCACGCAUGACGAUCAGCGAGGAGGGCGAAUACGAGCACUUCGCCCUCAUGAGCUACGAUAAACUGUUCAUCAAUGGCAACGGCCGGUUGGUCGUCGACAGGGUGACAGCGAUCGACGAGAAGGUGCGGGGAGAGGGUGGAGAGAUCGUCCUGGAGAGCGGGGGAAGGAUUCAGUACGCUGCGCUCAUUCUCGCGUGCGGCUUUCUGUGGUCCGGUCCGCUCGACUUCCCGUACACACGCGAGGACAUGCACGAACACAUCAUCCACUGGCGGAAGCGAUACGAACAGGCAGAUCACGUAGUACUCAUUGGUGGUGGCGCUGUCGGUAUUGAGACUGCUGGAGAACUCAGAGACAUCUACCCUAACAAGAAGAUCACCCUGGUACAAGCAGACGACAUGCUUCUCAACGCUACUUAUCCGGCGAAGUACCGGAAAGAGAUGGAGCGUCGCUGCAAGGCACGCCGAAUCGAGAUGGUCUUUUCCGAACUCACCGACUAUAUUCCUGAAUACGGCACCGUCGGCCUCACCACACGUUCCGGCAUGUCGAUUCCCACCGCCGACCUGAUUGUCCCGACAUUUGGCCCUCGGCCGAACACUGCGUGGAUCGCGUCGCUCGGGCUGGACGCACUGGACGAGCGGCGGCUGGUGAAGGUCAAGCCGACCUUCGAAGUCGUGGGGCAUCCGGGUGUGUUCGCAGUGGGCGACAUCACGGAUUGGAACGAGCAGAAGCAGGGGAUGAAGUACCCAGUACAUGCGGACAUCUGCGCCCCAAACGUCGUGAGCUUCCUCGAAGGACGGCCACAGACGAGGGCAUACAAGGGGAGUACGGAAAUUAUUCUCAUUCCUAUCGGCAGGAGUAAAGGUGCCGCGUACUUCGACAUGCUUUGGGGCGUCACCCUUGGCGACUGGUUCGUGCGGUGGAUCAAGGGCAAGGAUCUGCUCGUUCACGCGACAAGAAAAGACCGAGGCCUCUCACCGACCGACCCAUAG